AUGGCAUCAAGCGGCUCUGGUAUCAACUACGACAAUUAUCCUGUUAUUGUAGGCAUUGAUUUUGGUACUACUUUCUCGGGAUGUUGUUACGCUUUUGCACAGAAUGAAGAAGUCAUUGAUAUUGUGAAAUGGCCAAAGCAGAACAACAACGUGUAUCCCAAGACUCCUACACUGUCGUUGUACAGAAAGGGCUCCACACAAAUCAUGGAUUGGGGCCAUGGAGCCAGACGAACAGCCAUGAAGCCAAAUAGCUCGGAUCUUUUAUUGCUCUCCAAAUUCAAAUUGUACCUUGACGAGCAUCUACAAAACGAAACACUGCCAAACAACCUCAACAUCAUUGAUGUCAUUGCUGAUUAUUUACAGCUGUUUCAUAAUCAUGUGUGCUCUGAAUUACUGAAAGGAUUUGCAGGAAAUUACGAUCAAAGUAAAUUUCGCUAUUGUUUAACGGUACCUGCCAUGUGGACAGAUCGUGCAAAAGCAGCUAUGCGUGAAGCAGCUAUUCGAGCAGGUCUCGUUUUACGUUCUGAUCCACCUGAGCGACUCACCUUGAUUUCAGAGCCUGAAGCAGCAGCAUUGUAUUGCGAAAAGAAAUCCGAACAAUUCAAUCUAUCACAUGGACAGAGGUUUAUGAUUUGUGAUGCGGGUGGUGGCACAGUGGAUUUGAUAGUUUUUGAAAUUGACGAGAAAUCCCCUGGAAAACGAACAUUGAAAGAAGUGACCAAUGGACAUGGUGCUACGUGUGGAUCCGGAUUUUUGGAUUCUCGCAUGCGUGAUUACAUCACGAAGAAAUUUGCUCAUAUUGGACCCAUCAACGAUUCUGCCAUGGAGCAUAUCAUGGAGACAUUUGUGAAUAUCAUCAAGCCUGAAUUCGAUGGUGAAGAGGAUCACUUUUUAGAUUUACCAGCUUCAAUGGACUUGGGUGAUUUAACAGAUGAAUCCAUUGGACUCGAAAACGGGAGUUUACUGCUCCCUGCUAUCGAGCUCUGCAACGAGAUCUUUGAGCCAGUGGUGUCACAAGUGUUGGGACUGAUUGAUAACCAAUUGAUGCAAUCGCCCAUCCUGGAAGCCAUCUUCUUGGUAGGUGGAUUUGGCCAGUCCAAUUAUCUGUUCAAGCGCGUAGAAGACAUCUUUGCAGAUCGCGUAGGUAUGAUUGGCGUACCUCCCCGUGGUGAACUGGCUGUGGUGCGUGGUGCUGUGUAUUUUGGCUUGAACCCACAGACAGUGACAGAGCGUGUGUCUCGACGGACGUAUGGUGUAGAAACGCGCAUGUUGUUCCAAAACGACGUGGAUCCACCUGAAUUCUCGGUGAUAGGCGUGGAUGGAAGAAACUACUGUCGACAGCGAUUCAGCGUGUAUGUGCACAAGGGACAGAGUGUGGGCGUCGAUGAAUGUGUCAGCAAGACGUUUGUGAUUAGUUAUCCCAAUGACACGGAUUCAGAUCUGUAUGCGUAUGAUGGCGAUGGGCCUGUCCCACGUCUCACAACCGAUCCACAAAUCCAAAAGGUCGGUCAUUUUCCUAUUCGCAUGCCUAAAUUAGAAGGUGUCAAACCAGGCGAUAAAGUUACCUUGACCAUUCGCAUGUACUUUGGUUUGACUGAAAUCAAGAUUGAGUGUGUCAUUCAAGAUCAAAUCUUUGUAUUCACAUCUGCGUUUGAUGCUGCUGAUGCUCGUACAGCUCAUAUUCAAACUCCAAAUGGUGCUGUCCCCAACAACGCUCCUUAUACGCCAUCUCCUACGAUUCAACCCAUGUCAGGCAUGUCUUCUGUAGUCUAUAAUCCGCCUACUGCUGGCGGCUACUCUCCUGCUUCUGCUCAGCCGCCACCACUACAGCAACAACACCAAGGCUAUCCUGCUAAUGUGAUGCCACCAAUGCCCCAUAACAGCGUGUACAGCGAUCGGAAUUCCACCAUGAGCUAUACUUCAUUGCCGCCCUCAUCAGAUUUCUACACUUCCCAGCAACAAGCUUAUCCAUCUCAAGGCUAUUAUGAUGCUAAUCAUGCUUAUUCACAGCCGCCACAGACCCCAAUGUAUCCUCCUAAUACAAACUACCGUUAA